GACCGCAACGUAGCGUUGGCGUCGUGCAACACCUUUCAUUGUAUUGACUAUUGACUGAUUCUGAACACGGAGAAUUAUGUAUAAAACUUAUUUAUUGUUUAAUUGUCUUAGUUCUUGUUAAAAUGUAAUGUAGUAUAUCUUAGUGUAAGUGUAAUUAUGCCUCCGUUUACGUAAAAGUGAAAGAAGUCAGCCCGUCAAGUGCUACGCGGCCAUUUUACUUGCAAUGCGGCAACGGUGUAUGAUCCGCCAUUGGAAACAGCUAGUGUCUUUUUCUGAGUGCAAGAUUUGUAUUUAGUCGAUUUUUUCGGCAUAGAAACAAGGGUUUACCAUGUGUGAUAAAAGUGUAGUGCGGACUUUAGUGUAGUGAAACACGGUGGUCGGGUGUUUCGAAUAAUGUGCGAACGAUGGAAAACGAAGUAAAGCAGCGCAAUCAGAGAAAUAGGCGAAGGGAGCGGGCACAGCGCAUGCAAGCACAGCGAGAGAGUAAAGUUAAGGAUGGGGACAGCGGUGAGGACGAGUCUCCGGCGAGAGAAAAGCCACCUCGUCCUCCAGCCAGGAGGAAAAAGUCGAGGGAGCCCCUCGGAGAGGAGGACAUCAUUGAUGGUUUCGCCAUAAUGGCAUUUCGCACCUAUGAGGAUCUUGAGGCUGCAAUAAAAACCGCUUCGUCACCUCGUACUAACGCGCUGUCCACGAAGCCAAGGUUACCGUUGGCUGCUCUUGCAGGCGAUGCUACCCGCAACCACGCAACCAGCAAUGUCAAUUCACAUGGUAUAACGCUGCUCCAAGACGCUGGCACGUCGGAUGAUAGUGGACGGGCAUCAGAGCGGCUAACUGGCAGCUCGGUGGCGCCCCGAGAUCCCGAUUCUUCUCGCGACCGUCUUAGUGACGCCAGUAGCCGCUGUAGUUCCGGAAAAGGCUAUAUCUGUGAUAGUGAAGGCGACGAUGAUAAGGCGAGUCCAGAAAAUAGCAGAAAUGCCUCCCCUAGAUAUCAUGAUGCAUCUAUGGAUGAUGCAUCGGACGCCGGCUCUCUAUUCCGGGUAACUGGUAAUGGCGGUGGUGGCGGCGCCAAGAACGAGCUGGUAGCACGGGGCGGAAGUGGUGGCGCACUGGCUCUGUCGAGGGCACCCGUGGGCGGCAGCGCCAGCCCCGCGCCCGCACCCUUACCGCAGCCAGCGCCUUCACCCGCGCCCGCGGCCUUGCCACCUCCCGCCUUACCACCACCGCCCUUCCGAGCAGACACACCUCACCGCCCCAACGGAGCCCAUAUACCGGCAAUCGACGGACAAGCUGCCACGCAAAUACCAGCGCGGCCGGUCGGCGCCACCGGUCCCGACACGCCGGAGAGACCGGCCAGCAACAAUAAGCUGCAACCGGGUGCCCGUGCCGCAGCGGACAGUCCCACUCCAGCUCCGCCCGCGCCUCCCGCCCCCUCCCCCCUCUUCCCCUCACACACCGCCUACCAGUCCCUCGCAGCCGCCGCUCUGCCCGACUACCGUCAUACGAAUCAUGAGACGCGACCGGAGCCAGCCGCCCAGGAGCCCCCGAUACCUCUCGAUCUCCACGCACACCACACCGCCCCCCGACCACCUCACCUGGCCCCUACUUCGACGCCUCCCUUACAUCCUAGUCUACCGAAUCGUUUGCCCCACUCACAAUCUCACCCUGUGAUGCCCGGCCACGACGUGCGGAAUGUACCCGCUGCGACUCAACCUCAUCCUUCCGUUCCUACCUCUUAUCCAAAUCGUAUUGUGUCAAACGGUGUGCCGCAGAGCCUAUCAUUGCAACCGCCACCAGCAUCUACUCCAAGCAGUCUUCCGAGUCAGACGCUGUCGAGCCGAUCCAUGUCUCCCUCGGCGCCGACGUCGCGUCACUAUCCUACCCCGACGAUCGGGUCUAGUCAUGUAAACUCGAGUCUAAGUUCCAGUAUUCACAGCCAUUCGAUGCCUUAUCAGGGUCAGUCGAGUUUACAGAAACAUUCCAUUCAACCGCCCUAUGCGAGUAGACCGCAUCAUCAUACGGCGUUCAGUGUGGCCAAUCAUAUAUCGGCGAAUCACAUAACAUCAACGCAAACACCGACGACGGUACAUUUCAGUCACCCCGUAAACAGCCAUAACCUAAUUGGCCAUCAAAAUAAUUUAGCUUUAAGUAGUUCAAACCUCUUAUCUACUUCUACAUCAAACCACAUGAGUACAGCGCUACAUUCGACUACGACCACCACUAGUUCACUAUCUAGUUUUACUCCGAGUAUAAAACAUCCAGGUCUAAACUUGUCGGUUCAUCCGCACCCGACGUCCUUAGCGCCGGCUGUAUCAUUACAUCAGCCUAUAAAUCACAUAGAUCCAUCGCCUACCUCGAGCGCACCGACCAUCAUAACGUCGAGCAGUAGUCAAGUUAGCAAUCAUCCGAUACCCCCGAUUGUAGAUUCUAGACAUUUACCGGUGUCCAGCGAAUUGCCGCCUCGUACCGAGAACGCGACAGUUAGUUCUGCUCUGGCGGCAAACGGGUAUCCUCCCCCGGCUGUGUACACCGGCAGCUCCUACCCAACAUUAUACGCUCCUUACGCCCCUACGUUGCAACAUAGUCCAUACCUACCACCGGCGGCCGCGUCCCCUAGAAAUACUGCUGACACGAGGACGAGUUUAUCAGCGUCUCCACUCGUAGCGCCCAAAACGCCAAAGGGAGUAAGACCUCACACGCCGGGGUCACUGGGCGCAGCGGGGUCACACGCGCCACUCGCGUACUCGCCCCGAGGGCAUAGCCCCAGCAGAGAACGUGAAAGUUUCAGCAGCAACAUCAGCAGUCUGUCUCGCAGUACGCCAGCCUCAGGCGGCGCGGGCGCUCCGCCGGCGGUGUCAUCAGCACUCGCAGCACCACUUGCGGCACCACUGGCGGCACCAUUGGCUGGACCAGUCUCGGCAUUGGGAAGUACACUGGGUCCACUGAGCACGGGUCUAAGUACACUGGGAGGUCUAACAGGUCUGGCCGCUCCAACCCCUACGGCUCCCACACCCUCCGCACCACAUUUAGCACACUCGCUGGCCCCUGUACCUACUGUGCCCAGUAUCAGUUCCAGUGCAAAACCGCCAGCCCAUUGGGGGGUAACCAGGCCAGCGGGGUCAGAGCGUGCUGGUUUCGCGCCGGCACCACCUUUAUUCGGAGCACCUCUCGCCCCACCAAACCCGAAUCCUUUCUCUGCAGAGUCACUAUUUCAAUCUAGUCCCGGUGCAGAUCUACUGAGACGAGAACUAGACAAUCGGUUUCUGGCGGCGGCGGGUGCUGUUGGUGUCGGUGUUCGCACCGAGCUGCACCACCACCAGCACCAGCACACGCACGUGCACCAACACCCGCCCGCCACGCACGGCCACGGUCACCACGCGCCGCACGCACCGCCCGCACCACACCCACCGCACGCACCACACAAUGCGCACCAGCUGCUCGUACCGCACGCGCCACUGCAGUUUAAGGAUGUGAAGAUGACGUCAUUGUAUCGAUCUGGUCUGGGCCUCGGGUAUCCGUACUCCUCAAGUCUGUUGCAUCCGACCUCUCCCUACGUGCCACCCGCUCCGCUGACGACUUACGCCCCGAAGCCCGUAGUGUCCGCCGCAAACGAGUCCGCAACUAAACCACCACCACGUCCCGCUAUGGCGAAAACUGGAAAAUGGAACGCGAUGCACGUCAGAAUAGCUUGGGAGAUCUACAACCACCAGCAAAAAGAGAAAACCAGCGGAAAUAACGUGGCAUCCAACUCGUCCGACAAGGAUAAAAUACGAACGUUCCCCGCGCCAGCGCCGCCGCCGCCCACUUACCGCUCGCCGUACGAGUUACCGCCGGGACCGUACCUGCCGCACCACACGCCUCUAGGUAUGGUGCGGUAUCCCGCGCGACCGUCGCUCACGCCCGUGUCUCUGGCCGCGCCCGUCGAUAGACAUUUGGGCGUCUCAGGCGUGUCGCCAUUCGGAAGGUACGGCGCCGGUCCUUACGCGGGCGCGCCCACACCUUUCGGUCUCUCGGCGUACGGUCGGGAGCUGGCGCUGUCGUCGUCCUUACACGGAAUGCACCACGGACCGCCCAUGUCGCUGCACGACUCUUGGCGCGGCGUGCGGCCGCCCGUUUCCGCCGCCGCCGAGGUCCGCCGCGAACAUGAGGAACGGGAACGAGCUCGCCGCGAGCGAGAGGAACGAGAGAGAAGGGACCGCGAGGACAGAGAGAGGCGGAAGGCUCGUGAGCAGCGAGAGCGAGACAUGGAGCGGGCGAGGACACGCUCACCGCUCCGCAACGGCGUCCCGGAACAGACCAAGGACGAGCGGAAGGAACCACCGCGACCUCCGCCCACCCUGCCCGCCUACCCGCCACCGUCUCACUGGGACCCGUACCGCGUAGCGUUCGACCCCCUCCAGCACAUGAGGUUCGCGCCGUUCGUGGAGGCGGCGAUUCGUGCCGAGGAGGACCGCGCCAAGAUGUUGAGCGCCUACGCGCACCACCAGCAGCUCAAGUCCGGCCCGCUGCUUCACCGGACGUUACCGGGCGCGCCGCUGCCGCCGCUCGGAGCCCACGCCCCGCUGGCCCCGCUGGCGCCGCUCGCUCCCUCCCUGGCGCCUCUCGCGCCCCUCGACCUGCUCAAGAAAGAGGAGCCGCGAUGAUAGCGACCGCCUCGCUCCUCAAUGUACAUAGCGGAAACCUCCGAUGCCGCCCGGUGAGAGUACGUCUGAUUCUCCCGCGUGUGGUAGUCGGCAUUAUCGUUUUAGAAAAUUAUUUAUUACAUCGCUUGCAAACCUACGGUCGCCGGUCUCGCCGCCCCGCCCCGGCGCGUCCUGCUCUCGAGUGCUAGAGGAGGCGGCGGGGCGAGCUCGCGAGUGUCAUGUGCAAUAUAAACGAAGAGGACUCGAGGACGUGAGAGCGAGCCAGCCUGUACACUACCGCUUGUUUAUUUACAUGGAAAAUAUCUAUCGAGUUGUUAUUGUGACCAUUAUUAGUUAAUUAUACAUUAAAUUGCUGAUUAUGUGAAGGAUAGGAUUAUUGGAAUCGCUAUCGAUAUAACUAUACAUAUUUAUAUAUACCUUAUAAAUAAAAUGUAAAUAUUAGUUUGUAAAUUAGUGUUAAAAUAUAGAAUUGGUUUAUUUAACGUCAUACAAAGGAAAAAAAAUCCCAUAAAUUAUUAUUCUAUCGGGAGUUAUAAUUUACACUUCCGUUAAAAAAAUCUCAUAAUGGUUUUUCAAUUGUACCAGUGGAGGAUUAUUUAUUUAUAUAAUUUCUUCCGUUCAUAGACAUUGAUUACUUAAUAAUCCUUUUACAAAUAGCAGUUGACAUUUCUUCUUAAUGCAUUUAAAAUAUGUGAUAUUAUUAUAUUGUGAAUUACAUUUUGUCUGACUUGAAAGUAGUGUCUAUUUGCAGCUAGAUAAUAUAAGACAGUAAUAAUAAAAAUCAUAUUAUCGUGUUAUCUACUUCCUAAACUUAUUUUGAAAUUAGUUUGUUAAUAGUUAUCAAGCUACCGAUGCUUCCGUGAGAUAUUUUUAUGGUUUAUAUUAAUGAACUCGACAUGUGCCAUUAAAGACUUAUAUUAAUGUGCGUGAGUCAGACAAAAUUAAAAUUAUGAUUAUUAUUAUUGAAAACUGUUUUAAGGCACUUAUGAUUGUGUUCUCAUGACUUCAUGAAGGGUAAAAGAAAUGCAUUGUUUAUACAAAAUCAUUCUGUAUACUAAAAGUAAAUGAAAGCUUGGUGCGAUUCAGAAAAUACCAUUAAAACUUUUGAUUUUUAUACCAA